CCCACUCCUCCUCCAUCAGCUCAUGAUUUCAUUUAAUUCAUCGUAGCCCUCCCAGACUCUCCCCAGGCCAGUCAGCGCAGUUGACAGCACUGAACUUGUAUAGGCAUAAAGCACAGUGAUGAUAAGCACAUUAAAGCUGCUGUAUUGGCUAGGGGAGGGUCUAGCUCCAGUAGCUGCUGCCUUAUUGGUGGUCUGAGUGGCAGGGGAGGGGCUGGGAGGAGUACAGGCAGAGAGAGAGAGAGUGAGGUGAGAGCUUUGCGCUAGGUUGGGAGGGAAUGCCCACUAGAUGCAGCUGCUGAUAAUAGCGUGUAUCAGCACCAGAGCAGUGAUUGAGAGCACAGACAGAGAGAGGAGGAGAGAGGAGCAAGGAACAGCAUGCCGUGCCAUAGAGUGGUUAAAUCAGAGCAGCGUGAUUGAUUCAGGCAAACAAGGAUAAAAAAAAAAAAGUAAAAGGAGAUCUAGAGAGUCUCUCGGAGCGCAAAAUCCUGAGAGGAGAACGGGGGUGGAAGUUAGAAGGCUGUGGGAACUCAUCAACUCCUUGUGGAAAGGCACAGCUGAGGUCAGCAGGCAGGAGUGUGGGAUCGAGCAGCAGCUGAACGAAGCCAGGCUGGGGGUGGACACUCUUUUAGAGGGGUAAAGAGCGGCGUAGGGUGAAGGAAUACUGCUGAAACUUCAGUUACACUCAACGUGCACCUGCCCGUGGGAGUAACGCUUCUGGAUAUUACAGCAAGGCUACAGGGCAAGCUGCCACAUCCACUAGAGCGAUUUUGCAAAGCCACUGUCUGGUUGACUUAAUCCUGAUCUUUUGUGUGAAAAAGAAAGACUAGCAUUUUUGUAGCACUAGAGCGCAAGUUCAAGGUUCUGCUCAAGGGCUAUUCUGAGAGACAUGAUAGAGAAUGAAAUAAAGAGCGCGGCUUCCGUUCCAGAGCAUGGAGAAGUCAAGUAGUGAGGAAUCUGCUAUCCACCGUAGCCCCUCUGUGGACAGCCGCGACUCAGACUUUGCCCAAGCCUCCACCUCCGGACGGCCGUUCGGAGGACGAGGCUUUACCGCUGGAGCCUUUUACGGGUCCACUGGCCCACGUGCGCAAACUGCUGCUCAGAGUGGGGUGGCCGGCGACGACAAAGGCAGUAAUAAGUACAAGGCUCCUAAAGGCAGCAAAUACGUGGUCUUUUAUCUGGAUCUAUCCUUUGUGUUCCUUCUAGAGUUCAAGAAGUGCAACAUGGCGAGAGGCUGUCUGUGCUGUCUGAAAUACAUGAUGUUUGUCUUCAACCUCAUCUUCUGGUUGUGUGGCUGUGGGCUGCUGGGAGUUGGAAUCUGGCUGUCUGUGUCUCAAGGCAGCUUCGCCACCUUCUCCCCCUCCUUCCCCUCCCUCUCUGCUGCCAACAUGGUCAUCGCCAUAGGCGCCAUCGUCAUGGUGACGGGCUUCCUCGGUUGCCUGGGCGCCAUCAAGGAAAACAAGUGCCUGCUUCUGAGCUUCUUCAUUGUCUUGCUGAUUAUUCUGCUGGCUGAGCUGAUUUUGCUCAUUCUUUUCUUCGUCUACUCUGAUAAGGUCAGUGAGAACGCAAAGCAGGACCUGAAAGAUGGUCUUGCGCUCUACAACACAGACAACAACAUUGGGCUGAGAAACGCCUGGAAUAUCAUCCAAGCUGAGUGGAAGUGUUGUGGAGUAACUGGGUACACAGAUUGGCACGAGGCUCUGAAAGAGAAGGUGGUGCCUGACCGCUGCUGUCAAGAGCAUUAUCAGGAGUGUGGCCGCAACUCCACCAACAUGUUCUGGACACGGGGCUGCUAUGAGAAAGUUGAAGAGUGGCUUGAAGAUAAUAAGCACCUACUCGGAACCAUCGGCAUGUGUAUCUUGGUAGUUCAGCUCUUGGGAAUGGCCUUUUCCAUGACACUGUUCCAUCAGAUCCACAGAAGCGGGAAGAAGUAUGAUGCCUAACGAGGCUGUUUUUCAAGGGAGGAGACCUGGUGCUUUAUGGGACAGACUCUGGAGGACAGCUCCUCCUCUUGUAUCUAACUUCCACCACUGGCCAGCCCCUCUUCCCAUUAUUCCCCACCUUACACCUUACCAUCCUGUAUAGACUUCAGUCAUGGUCUGUCUCUUUUCCACUCUUUCUCCCCCAUCUGCUCAUCUGCCAAAGAGACCCGGGGACAGAGAGGAAUGAGAGGACCAACUCUUGGCCAGCAUCCUCCCCAUGAGGCCUCUGACUUUCUCCAUCUCCUCUAGAACCUUUAUUUUACGCUUGAACUAACUAACGUUUGCAAGAAGGAGAAUAAUGAUGACAAACUGCGUGGCUUCACUAAUACGUAAAUUCUUAAGCCCAACAUACAGAGCAUUGAGAAGACAUCAGACUGGAAACCUUUGGGGUGGGAUGAAUUUGAAAAGCAUCGCUCAUUAUCACCUCCAUCUACAAUGUAAAUGACAAACAGCUCCAUUUUAGCAUGAUGCGGUUUUGUACGAGACAGAAAUCUUUGUCAUUUUGGCUCAAGACUUUUUUGUUCGUUUUUUUAUAAGUGACUUUGCCCCAACCCCAUAAUUGUCAUUUUUUUGCACCUAAUGAUUGGAAGAAGGCGGUACAAGUAUUCUGACUUCAGCGAGGUAUGACCAGGAAUCUGAGUUUGUCUGUGUGUGUUGCUACACAAGCUUGUUCUUGUGUUUAAAGGUUUGUGAUUUGAGGAUGCAUCAAAAUGUGUCGAAAGUUUCACCCUGAUGAGAACCAUUACAACCUAAUGUCAGUAUAAUACAUCAAAUAGGGACUGUUUUACCAUAUACAGACUGUCUGAUUACCCAGCCGCCCACAUACAAGCAAAAACAUCCUCUUUAACCACUAAAAGGUCAUUUUAACUGAACUGCUACUAAAACUCUGUAGCAUUGACAAUGAAGUGCAGUUAUUAUAGAAUAAAUGGGGGAAGGUUACAAGUAAGUAGACCAAGCAUGAGUGAAAGGCAGAGCUUUGUGAGUUUGACCAUUUCCCCACGUUUUGCUCAAUGAAUCCAACUCUAUACUCCAAGGAAAGUUGAGACAGAGCCUAAUAGCACAGAUUCCACCUUGUUCAUGUUUGCACAUUUCUCUAGGACAGUAACGUUUACAUUUUUGGCAAACUUAAAGAGUUAGUUCAACCAAAAACGAAAAUCCGUCAUCAUUUACUCACCUUCACGUUUUCCAAGCCUGCAGGACUUUUAGUUUUUGCAUGGAACACAAAAGGAAACAGUUUGAAGAAUGUUUUGUUGCUUUUUCCUAUACAUAAAAGCAGACUUGAUGCUUUCGAAUAGAGUUGUCAAAAGUACUGAUCGGUAGUACAAUCGGUACUGAAAUUUUAAAAAUGUGAUGCUUUGAGCACUGUUGAGCGAAUUCGUAAACACUUCUGAUUGGCCAUUGUGUUCACGCGCUCAUCAGAUAUGUCUGUGAUUAUCUACAAUGAUCAACGCACGGGAGCGUUUGAAAACACACCGAAGUGUUUGAAUUUGAAAGCGUGAGCGGGAACAUUUGAAAGCAGGCAUAUGUCAGCAAACUGGUCCGUGUUAGACGCCUGCUUUCAAAUGUUCCCGUGUGUCUCUGUGUAAGCGCUCGGUAAAGAGCGUCAUUGAUGACUUUACAAUGUUUUUGAAGCAUUGAUCAUUGAAGCCAAUCACAGACAUAUCUGAUGAGUGUGUGAACACAAUGGCCAAUCGGAGGCGUUUACGAAUCCGCUCAACAGCGCUCAAAGCGUCACAUUUUUAAAAUUUCAGUACCGACUUGGUACCGAAGUUGGUACUUUUGACAACUCACUUUCGAACUCUAAAAAUGAGGGAAAAAUAUGAUAAAAGUAGUUCAUAUGACUAGUGUUAGUGCUCUUUUCCUCAACAGUUGGAUUCAGAAAACUUGGAAUAUACGAUAACACUAUUUUACAGUGUCAUUGUUACAUGUCACAUGUAGUUACUAUUGUAAUAUCUAUAAAUUAUGCAUAAUUACAUGCAACUAACCCUAAACCAAACCAAAUCCUAAACCUAUAGUAAGUACAUGUAGUUACUUAAUAUUACUCAGUACUUAAAUGUAUAAUUACAGUGUAACAAAGACACCUUAAAAUAAAGUGUAACCGAAUAUACUGUAUAUUUCAGGUUUUCUAAAUUCCAACAGCCCUCCACCAAAUCUCAUUUGUGCAUAUGCAUAUCCAAAUAUGAUACAUAAAGAUGCAUUUCAUCAUGUUUGAUGUAAAUUGAUCUUGAGUGUCUCAAGAAAUGCAACUAAAUGCAACACAAAAACGUUUAAUAUGCUAAUACGAUGCUACGGAGGGCAAGAUGGAUUUAAAUGUGGUAAUUUAUAGAACUUGAUUGAUGGGCGUUCUAAUUCUGCAGAAAUCUUCUGACCUUUCUGACGAGUUCUGUAGGCUCAUAUUACAUGUGAGCCAGAUAAUGACUUAAAUUGGUGGUCUGUUCUCCUUUUGUGUCCCAUUGAAGAAAAUCACAGGGUACAGAUUGACAUGAGCUGACAGAAAUUUCCUUUUUGAAUGAACUAUUUCUUUCAAGUCGGAAGAUUCAAGUCUACUACUAAUGCUAACCCAACAGAACAUAUUGUCAAUACUGCUUCCUUACAAGAUAUAAGUCAAGUAUUAAAGUUAAAUCACAUACAGUAUGGAGCCAAAAAGAAAGAGAACCAAAUACAAACACAGUUGUAGUGUUAGUUAGACUGUAAUCCUCCAAACUAUAAUUCAUCUUGAGAAAGAAGCGUCUGCAGUGUUUCUGUUUCCGCACACCUCAGCUUUAUGGCCUGUGCUAUUUUUCUGUCUCUCUCGGCUCUUUUCUGUCUCCAUCUGUCUUUUAGUUUCGAGAAUCAGGCUGGAAUGGUUACAUUCCUGCUGAAUGAAGUGAUAAUGCUUCUGUAUCACAUAGCCUAAAGGGACUUGGUUUAAAUGAAAUGCAUCUUGACAAUGAAGUUUUGAAGUGAAAGUGUGUUUACCAGCAGACCGUUUUUAGGGUUUAAAAAUCACUAAGCAGUAGAUCGGGCGUGAUGAUGGCUGCGAGACAACCAGAGUGGGGUCACUGUCACUGGCUGUCACUGAGACUACAUGAGACUACAUGCCCUCCCUUAAGAGCUUGGCCACGUGCGCGUCGUUUGUGUGACCAAGAGGGACGUAAUAGAGCACUCAAGAUGGAGAGAAAAAUAAUAACACCUCUCAUCCCAUCAAACACUCACUGACACACAAUCUAUGUUUACUGUAUUUUAGAAAGAUUGCUUUCCGUAAAACAGUUGGGACCAGAAGCGACAGCUACUUCUAACGUUCAUCCUCUGUUGAAAUGGAGGGGAAAGAGUGCUUCUGCUUAGGAUGAGUGUAGAAACUCUGUCACUGUACACACUGCUGCUAUAAGAGCCAUCUGUGCUUAUUACGAUAGUGGAGAAGGUGAAAGACUGAGAAACUGCAGACUCAACCUCACUCACUUCUCUGCCUGGAAGCAUUUAAAGUCAACAUGAAACUAAAAUUGACCCCAUUUACUUUUUUUUUUCUUCUUCUUCUUCUUUUUUGUGGCUAUGUGUAUCCAUAUAUUAUUAUCUAAUGUUAUAUAUUAUCUUUUAGGCCAGGAGAUAUUAUAUAUAUAUAUAUAUAUACAAACUUUUUAGGUUACUGUGGUUGGUAAUGCAGCCAUUCUUAAAUCUUACAAUAGUAAAAAUAUUAAUUUAAUGCUGGUGAAAGCUGCAGUCUGUAACUUUUUUUGGUUAAAAAUUAUCCAAAAUCAAUUUUUGAGCAAGUACAUAACCAGCCAGUGUUCAAAACUAUCUCCUUACCUUAGCCCGAUUCACAAUGGUAAGCUUGUAAUAAUGUUUUCUAAUUCGAGUGGUACUGGUAGGUUUCUGCGGGAAAUUCGAGCAUGCUGCCAUUCAUCUUUGCAUCAUUACGUCACAUCUGUUUACAUAAAGAACGAGUCCCAGCUAGUAGGUUAUAUCGCAUGUGAGGAUGCUGCAGGUGACAGAGCAUUUUUUUCACAGUAGCUGGAAUAAUUAAACUUAUCAUUUUGAUGGCGGAUUGUAUGGUAUGACAAAUUAACGUUAGAGAUUAGACUGUAUAGAAAUUGAAAUCUACAGGUAACACUAAUACACACUAAAUACACAGUCACACAACGCUAAUGUUGUUAACAUUAACAAUUUGAGAACAAAGUAUAACAAUAAUAAUAAUUUGUGCGAUUAGAUGUGAUAUGAUCUAAGCGAUCGUUAGAUUUAAUCACCAUUGGUAGCGCGAUUUAUUGUAAUGCUUUUUUUCUCAGUUGGUCAGAACAAAAGUGGCAGAUUUACAAGUUACUUACUUGUUCAGAUGACAUUUUCCGGUGAAAAUUCUUAAUUUGAUCAUACUUCAAGACUACAAUCUGUGAUUCCGAAGUACAGUAUCCACCGGUGUGGUAACUGACAGCCACACAUUCUCCUCAAAACAUUAGAUUCAUCCGCGCUGAGGAGCUGUGCCGAUGCACAACCCACGUAAAGAUGAUAAUUCCGCAAAUAACUGCAAUUGCAGGUUUCAAACAGAGAUGGCGACAAAGAGGCAAAACUUACAGACUGCAGCUUUAACUAAUAAAGUUUACAAAUAUUGAUAUAUUUGCAUUAUUGUUGGGAUACGUCAAGACAGAACAUUCAUGUUUGGUUCCAUCCUGGUAUGCAAAGAAAGUCAAUUCCAUAUGGAUGAAGUAUUAGUCCCAGUGUACAUUCAUUUUAGUCAAGGAACAUACUGUUUUACUAGUAGACGUGUCACAUUACAGAUGUAAAAUGGGUUAUCAAGGGUGUUUCGUAUUGGCUUUAAGGGAUAUUUGUUAUUUAUGAGGCAUUUGUAUCUGGAGGGCUGAAAUCUACAGCAUUUUCCAAUCAGUACUGCAUGUUCACCAUCACUAGCAAAUAGAAACAAUACAAGCAAAUUAUCUAAUAUGCAAGUUUGGCUCCAGUGGGCCACGGUCAACAUUAUUACCAUCAUAAAUGAAAAUGUUUUUGUGUUAUGCCUGGUGGUCUGGCUUCAACCCCAUUUUUGCUUCAAGAACACCAUGGUGUUAGUCAAUACUAGCUUUGAUUAGGUCUGCACUGAUGCGUGCCAUCUGCUCAGUGUACUAUCUCUAACCCCACCACGCUAAAUUCAUGAUGUGUUCCAACACUCUUAUCUGACUGAUUUACAAACUUUGGCCACAAAAUCGCAUCCUGUGAACCAAUCCCACGUGUAAGCUUUCCAAGGUUAGGAAUUGUUUAAGAGUUUGGAAAUUUUUUUUGGUCUUGUUUCAGCUUUUUUAAUUUUUGAAAGAUGUCUUCAAACCCAUCUCUCUUCUCUUCUUUUACAAAAAAGUAUAUACCCACGUAUAUACAGUACCCAUUUUUUUUUUCUUUAUAUUUUUCCACUGUUAUAGGCUUCACUGUGUAUUUAAAUCUGGAAUUGUCAAAUGUUGAGUUAUUAGUGUUGAAUGACAACCAACAGCAGUUUGGCAUUAGCAAUUUUCAUUUUUACUUUUUUUUUUUUUUUUUUUUUGUGUCUGUUUUGAAAUGCAUUUGUGUCAAGCUUAAUGCGUGUAAACAUUUCAGUACAGAUCAUCUCAUAAACCGUUGCAAAUGUGUUUGACAUCUGGGGCAUAUCUGUUUAAUAUGCAAUGAAAAUAUUGCUAUUUGCUAACUGUCUAAAUGUGUCUGUCAAAUAUCUAAUGGUGCAAGAGAAUCUCAGUGCUUGAUACUCCAACACAAGGGUUGUAAUGUCAUUUUUAGUUGUUCUUUUCUUGUACAUUGUUCAUUGUUUUAUGUUGUCAUUGUUUUUGUAUCAUAUUCUCGUCACUUAUCAAGUUUAAGGGUGUGCUAAGCAUUAAUUGAUAACGUUUUUGCAUUAUAUAUAUAAACCUUUAGUUUUUCUAAAUGUUUUUUUUCUUUGCCUCUCCUAUUGCCACAUUAGAAUUAAUUUAUGUUGGAUUUUCAUAAUAAAACGGAUGUAUGUGGAUACUAUCAUACAGCACAUACAAAUUCACAUUAUAGUUUCUAGCCAUUGUAAAGCAGAACUUUUCAUUGCUGUUAAUGAAGUUCAUUAACAGCAAGUAUUGCCCAAUACUAAGGAAUUAUCUGCAAGGCAUGGUCUCUCUUUAUCAUAUCAUAUAUUGAAGAUUGCAGAAUUCAUAUCUCCAGAACAUCUAAGAACAUUCUUGCACACCCGUGCCAUCUGAUUGUAUAUUUUGGGAUAUUUUUUCAACAGUCGUUGAAACUAAUUUUGUACCCAUUCAAUGUGUUUUUUUCUUUAGUUUUUGUACCUAUUAAUUCAAGAAACUAAGUUGUAGAUCUGAAUUACAUGUUGGCAUUUGUUGGUAUAUUGAAUUGUGAUAUUUUAAUCAACAGUGUUGCAAGGACAGGGAAGCUUUUUAUUGGUGAUCUAAAUGACCACAGUACAACUAAAAUAAUUGAAAUUUUUUCUCCCAUUAACAGACACUGCCAUAAAAUGAUCUAAUAAUCUGGUGUGCUUUGGGUUUAAAACAAAAAAAAAGGUGGGGGAUCUAAAAAGUAAUUCAGUUCUAAUCACUGUCAUAUCUGUAUUUUUGUACUGCCAUUCUAACCACCACCAGUAAGCUGCAUAUACAAGCUGUAGAAACGUAUGCUCUUGAGUGACGUGUUUAAUGUAGUCCUGGUGAGUGGCAGUUAUCAGAUAUCUUGUGAACCCAGAUUUGUCCUGUGGAGUAUUUUGCUACAUGUAAAGCACUAUAAAUAUAUUAGGUGGUGCACUAAAUUGCAUUCUUUAAAUCCUACUAUUUUUUAAAUAAAGGAAAGUGUGUUGCCAAACCCCUG